UAAUUAAGAGGCUUAGAUGAAAUAAAUGCAAAAAGAAAAAGUUUAUUUUACCUGCUUAUUGUCUCUUCUGACCUACCAAUCCAUUUAAAAAUAAUGUUCAAAUCACUUUAUAUACACGUAACUGUGGUUCAAGUAUGCAAUUCAAUGCAUAAACUUAAACCGAUAGUACAGGGUUUUCUGAGUUUAGAGGUAAUGGAGGGCUACUACCUGCAUAAUAGCUUGCUAAUGCUCCCUCUUUUCUGUGUAUGGAUGGGAACCCUGCUACUUGCUGGAGCUUCCCCUUCUACUUCGUCAUCAAUCACAAGACAUUUUCAUUUUAAUAUCGAGUGGAAGAAUGUGACCCGCCUGUGCCACACAAAGCCUCUUCUCACAGUAAAUGGGGAGUUUCCAGGACCAACAAUUGCUGUUCAUGAAGGUGACGAUGUCAAAAUUAAGGUUACAAACCGCAUUCCCAUUAACACUACCAUCCAUUGGCAUGGAGUAAAGCAGCUAAGAACAGGAUGGGCUGAUGGUCCAGCCUAUGUAACACAAUGCCCUAUUCAAAGCGGCAAGUCAUACACCUACAAGUUCAAGGUCGUGGAGCAGAGGGGCACCCUCUUCUGGCAUGCCCAUCUCUCAUGGCAACGUGCAUCCCUUUAUGGUGCUUUCAUCAUCUAUCCUCGGAUGCCCUAUCCUUUCUCACCACCAAUUGAAGCUGAGAUCCCUAUAAUAUUUGGAGAAUGGUGGAAUGCAGACUUUUUAGCAAUGGAAUCUACUAUGAUAAUGUAUGGAAGUGGCCCUAAUUCUUCAGAUGCUUACACCAUCAAUGGUUUGCCUGGACCUCUGUAUCCUUGUUCUAGCAAAGAUACAUUUAUACAGACAGUAGAACCUGGCAAGACCUACCUACUUCGACUCAUCAAUGCCGCCCUUACCAGCGAACUCUUCUUUUCUGUAGCCAACCACACAUUAACUGUGGUCGAGGUCGACGCUGUUUACACCAAACAAUUCAAGACCACAGCAGUCAUGGUGGCUCCUGGACAAACCACCAAUAUUCUACUCAGUGCAGAUCAGGUCCCAGAUAGCUCAACAAGGUUUCCAAUGGCUGCAAGGCCUUAUGUGACCGCCAUGGUUCCAUUUGAUGAAACCACCACCCUCGGCUUCCUGCAGUACAACGGAGGAAAGGCCAUGAACUCCAAGCCACCACCCAUUAAACCCUGCAACAUUUCAUCUGUGCACAACCUUCCCGCCAUGAGAGACACCCCUUUCGCAACCCAAUUCUCCGACAAGGUUCGAAGCCUUGCCUCCGCCCAAUACCCUUGUAACGUCCCUAAAGCAGUGGACAAGCGAGUGAUCACCACUACAAGCCUGAACCUUCAGGAUUGCCCCAAGAACACAACCUGCAAAGGAUUCUUGGGCAAGAGAUUCACUGCUUCCAUGAAUAACCAAUCCUUCGUUCAUCCAUCCAUGUCCAUUCUGGAAUCCUAUUACCGGAAACUCAGUUCUGGGGUUUACUCAUCCGAUUUCCCAGAGAAGCCACCAACUGACUUUAACUACACUGGCGUGAAUCCAUUAAACGAGAACAUGAACACAGAAUUCGGCACCAAGGUUCUAGUGGUUCCUUAUGGGGCUCGUUUGGAAUUAGUGCUGCAAGACACGGCCUUUAUCAAUGUAGAGAAUCACCCUAUCCACAUUCAUGGCCACAACUUCUUUGUGGUAGGGAGUGGGUUCGGAAACUUCGACGCCAAACAUGACCCAGCAAAGUACAAUCUUAUCGACCCGCCGGAGAGGAACACGGUGGCAGUUCCGAGCGGAGGAUGGGCGGCGAUCAGGUUGAAGGCGGACAACCCAGGAGUCUGGUUCAUGCAUUGCCAUCUUGAAGCGCAUACCACAUGGGGUCUCGCAAUGGUUUUCAUAGUAAAAGAUGGUAGCAAGCCUUCUGAGUGCCUCCUCCCUCCACCAGAUGAUCUUCCCGUCUGCUGAGUUUUCACCAGCUUGCUCAUUCAUUUUAUUUUAUAUGAUCCCUUCAACAAGCAUUUGAUAUUUAUAACGUUGUUAAUCAGACUGGAAUUUGAAUUGGAUUUAUUUCAGGCCGUGGACGGGUCGGGUCAAUAAUAUGGGUCCUACUUACCGUUGCGAUAA